GCGGCGCCGCUACCGGGCCCUCGGUGCUGCCGCCGGCUUUUUGCUCCGUUUCUUCCUCCUGCUCUUUCUCCUCCUCUCCUUUCUCCCCCUCCUCCCGCUGCUCGUCCCGCCCCGUGUCCCGGAGAGCCGCCGCACGAGCUGGGAAGGAGGAUGGUGCACGCCGAGGCGUUCUCGCGGCCCCUGAGCCGGAAUGAGGUGGUGGGGCUGAUCUUCCGCCUGACCAUCUUUGGGGCUGUCACCUAUUUCACCAUCAAAUGGAUGGUGGAUGCCAUUGACCCCACCAGGAAGCAGAAAGUGGAAGCUCAGAAGCAGGCUGAAAAGCUGAUGAAGCAAAUAGGAGUGAAGAAUGUCAAGCUGACAGAGUAUGAGAUGAGCAUUGCUGCCCACCUGGUGGACCCACUCAGCAUGCAUGUCACCUGGAGUGAUAUUGCAGGCUUAGAUGAUGUCAUCACAGAUUUGAAAGACACUGUCAUUUUGCCCAUCAAGAAGAAAUAUUUGUUUGAGAAUUCCAGGCUCUUACAGCCGCCCAAAGGAGUCCUUCUCUACGGCCCCCCUGGAUGUGGGAAAACCCUGAUUGCCAAAGCUACGGCCAAGGAAGCUGGGUGUAGGUUCAUCAACCUCCAGCCCUCCACGCUGACGGAUAAAUGGUAUGGAGAAUCCCAAAAACUGGCUGCUGCUGUCUUCUCCCUGGCCAUAAAGCUCCAGCCAUCCAUCAUUUUUAUUGAUGAAAUAGAUUCCUUCCUGCGGAACCGAUCGAGCACCGACCACGAGGCCACAGCCAUGAUGAAAGCCCAGUUCAUGAGUCUGUGGGAUGGGCUGGACACAGACUACAACUGCCAGGUGAUUGUGAUGGGAGCCACCAACCGGCCCCAGGACCUGGACUCUGCCAUCAUGAGGAGGAUGCCCACCCGCUUCCACAUCAACCAGCCUGCUCUGAAGCAAAGAGAGGCGAUCUUGAAGCUGAUUUUGAAGAAUGAAAAUGUGGACAGCCACGUGGAUCUGCUGCAGGUGGCCAAGGAGACUGAUGGCUUCUCGGGCAGUGACCUGAAGGAGAUGUGCCGGGACGCGGCGCUGCUCUGCGUGCGGGAGUACGUCAACAACGCCUGCGAGGAGGACGUCCAUGAUGAAGAUGAGAUCCGGCCCGUGCAGCAGCAGGAUCUCCACAGGGCCAUUGAGAAGAUGAGGAAAUCCAAGGAUGUCUCCAUGCAGAACCUGGCCAUGGAGAUCGUGUUUGAUUAAGACAAAAGAGUGUGUUUGCAGUU